GGUGUGUAAAUGGCUACAAAACAGGACUGUAGGACUGUUAAUAGCGGCGGGCUAUUGGAGCUGGGCCCGUCCGAUGUUUGGACUUAAAUUGACGGUGGGGACACCGCAUUCUCCUCGCCUCACGCCAACUCCACCGUCAGUGACGUGUGCGUCACGUGUUCGCCUCUUCCCUCUCUGCGUCCGCCGUAUUUUCCUUCCCUCCUCUGGCUUGCUCCUGACACUGGAAGCACUCGAAAUAAACAAGCCCAAAACGACGAGGGGGCCGCGGCGGCUAGGACUCGGGCUCCAAGCGUCUUGACAAACGGCCGAUGGACCGAGCAGCUUCCACCUUUAAGUUACCAUCAAUGAGGCGUAGACCUCCCGGCAGCGUACCGCUUCCGCCGAGCUCCUAUCAUUGAAAACUUUUUUUCGUUUGUUUGUUUGGUUUGGUUUGCCACACCGACGUGCGUCGACAGCGUGAGGCCGCCAUGAGAGCUCCAAUUGGACCUAUGGACAUACUGUGCGCGCUCCCUCCCUCUACGCCCGGCCUAUAGGUUACCAGUCACUACCUAUCCUCCCAAUCGCACCACACCCGCAAUUAUUUAAGCACCGUGUAGCCACACCAUGGCCAGCAAGAGGAAGUCCACGACACCUUGUAUGAUCCCUAGUAAAAUUAUACGAAACUUGGAGGACUCUGAAGCGGACAUGCCGGUGCUUCAGAGGCAAACUACCGUUUCAGGAGAUGCGCGCUGCCUGCCGAACCUUGCAGACGCUCCCAAACUAGAGGUAGCGGACUUCCCCGUAGAUGAUGCCAGUACCUACAUAUGCAAGCCUUGCAACUUCGAAACCUUCGACCUUAACUUGUUCUUGGACCACGUGUACGCCAGGCACCCAGAAUUCCGUUCAGACCCGUGCUUCCUCUGUGUGAACUGCGGGUUUUCGGCACUCAAAUUUGAGGGCCUGGCACUGCAUAAUGCCAGGAUUCACCCAAGCACCUUUAACUGCCCUCUUCAGUUGAGAAGGAGGGACAGGAGGGCGGUAGUAGAGCAGACUAUAGUAAGUGGGACUGAGGAGGGCAAAGAUAAUGAGAUUUCCAUCACCAAAACUCCAAUCAUGAAGAUGCUGAAGGGUAAAUCGGAGCCUAAACGGAUUGUGGUGUCCCAGCCUUCCUCAGAUGGGCACUCCAUGUUUAGUUCCAAAGAGAUUGAAAAAAAUGAGACUGUGUCAGUCACACAUGUGCCCACAAUUGUCCACAAUGGAACAAGCAAUGUCACGCUACCAUCAGCAAUUCAGAUCGUCAAUGGGUCUGGAGCGUUACCGGUGAUCAAGACCACCGUCGCACAGAGCAAAAGCCUGCAUCAGUCCUCUCCUACCACAACUUCCUCAGAUGCCUCAUCUACCAAGAAUCUCCCAAAGGUGAUGAUUCCUUUGAGCAGCAUCCCUACCUACAACGCCGCUAUGGACUCCUCCUCCUUUUUGAAGACCUCCUUCAGCAAAUUCCCUUACCCCACGAAAGCGGAGCUCUGCUACCUGACUGUGGUCACCAAGUUCCCUGAAGAGCAAAUCAAGAUCUGGUUCACAGCGCAGAGACUAAAACAGGGCAUCAGUUGGUCUCCUGAGGAGAUCGAAGAGGCCAGGAGGAAGAUGUUCAAUACCAUAAUCCAAACUGCAGCCACUGGGUCACACAACCAGUCACUGAGUCCCGCUCCGCAAACAAUCACAGUCCUAGGGACCACCGGGAUUCCUCAAAUCCUGCAGGGCUCGCUUGUGAGCCAAGCAAGCGUCAUUGUGGCGCAGCCUGUCGUCGCCAACGGUAUUCAGGUCAACGGUGCCCCUGUGACGCUGGCCGUGACACCCAAGCCGCAGGCGGCGGCCCGGCCUGUGAUGCAGGCCCGGCCUGCUGCGGCGCCCGCGGCCGACAAGGGCGCAGGCAUCAUGGUGGGGGCCGCGGUCAACAGCAGCACAGGAAGCAACGUCAUUGGCAGCAGUAAAAAUAAUAGAAGCGGAGGAGGCGCUACGAGCAACGUUAUUAGUGAAGAGAGUCAAGCCAGUGUCAUUAACCUCACUCUGGGGAGCAAUCAUCGCGGAAACCCAAAGGUGAAAAGUCACAGCAGGAGCAAAAACGAUGUCAGCAAGAGUACAAACCCCCUCAAAGCCGUCACGGACAGCAAGCCUUCAAAAGGCUGUGCUGCAAUCGAUGAUGACGGACAGAAGGGUAAAGACACGAGUAGUAGCGACAACAAAAACGAAACUUCCAGCGCGGGUGACGCGGACGUGAGCAUAAGCAACACCUUAAAAAUUGAUGAGGCCAUAUCACCUUCUUCCAAAUCCACAUCGCCGUCUCCUGCGGUGGGUUCCUCCCGUGGCAUCAACACGUUCCUGGACCCCAGCUUUUGCAAAAGCAAAAAAUCUCAGGAGCAACUGGGCACCCUCAAGGACAGUUUUCUGAGCAACCCAUACCCCGACCAAGAGGAGGUGGCACGCCUUAUUUCUCUGACGGGCCUUACGGUGCGCGAAGUCCGCAAGUGGUUUAGCGAUCGACGCUACCACCUUCGUAACCUCAAGGGCCCGCGCUCCGGCUCGGGUGUACUAAACAAGUCGACUGCGGGCAGCGGCGAAGGUGGCGGAGAGGCAGGCAGCCCCGAACCCGUCGACCUGUCAGAAACUGGCGGCGGCAACUCCGCCGCAGAAACGCCCCAGCACAAUUCUGCUCCUCUCAGUCCGACGUUGACGCACACUCCUACGUCGCCUAGCACGCCAUCACGCAGACUGCCCAGAUCACCUUCUCCUGAUUUCACACUCGUCCGCUACAAGGAGAGAGAACCCCACCAGAUCAGAGCGCUAGAGGCCAGUUUCACACAGGACCCUGAGCCAUCAGGAGAAGAAGUGGACAGACUGCGAAGUGAGACCAAAAUGACCAGAAGGGAGAUACAUAACUGGUUCACCGAGAGGAAGAAGAAAGCAGCAGCAGCUGAAAAAAGGAAAGAAGAAGAAGCGGCGCGGACAUCGGGCGGGGGCACGGAAGCUAACGGAGCGGAGGGCCUCAAUGACGACGCUUCCGGAGAACCCAAAGUCAACCCCAUCAAGAUCAAUCUGAAGAUGCUGAAGGUCACCGAAGCCAAUGGCAAAGUAGAGGAUGAGGACGCCGGAAGUGCUCAAUCUACUACGAACCCCGUGGCCAAACCCGCCGCGCUGCGAGGUAAGAAAACUGCAGAGCAACUGCACCUGCUCAAGCAAGUCUACGCGCGGACGCAGUGGCCCAGCGCUGCCCAGUACGACGAGCUCAUCUCGGGCACGGGGCUGCCUCGGCCCGACGUGGUGCGCUGGUUUGGCGAUUGUCGCUACAUGCAGAAGAACAGCCAACUGAAGUGGUUGGAGGCCUACCAGAACACGGCUCUGGAGGAAGAGCUUGACCAGAAGAACGUGCACUUCCUCCAGGCCCACUUCGAUAGCCAUGGCAGUCAGGAAGAGUCACAGUUACAGGAACUUGCAAAAAUGACCGGUUUGACAACAGAUCUUGUGAGACAUUGGUUCGCCAGCAGGCCAGUCACGGCUCCACCCGAGCAAGCGCCUGUCCCGAAACCUGCAACCGAGCCGCUGUUGGCGGGCUCCUCCCCUCUGGAGCCACACCCGAGAAAAGGGAGCGAUGAGAAAAUAGAGCAGUCGCUGUGUGGCCAAGCAGGGGAGGGGAACUCUCACAGGGUUCUCAUUCCAUCUAAAGGAGAAGAUUGUGGUGGUGAAUUUACAGACAUGUCAGACUCACUAGAUGGGAAUGGGCCUUGAAACCUUACCUCCCCGGUCCACGAUGGGUGUGUGGGACUUCAGCUGCUAUGUGAGAUGGACACAAAUCUCUGGCCCCGAUUACCAACCUUUUUUUUCCCCCUCCAUGCCCCUUUCAAUAUCUUGCUGUGCACAGCGUUCCUUCUAGGCCGUUCAAGUAGUAGUGGGACAGUGACAAAGUGUGGUGGAGGAUCUACAGAUAUUAAGGAGACUUGGCCAAGUGCUCACACUGUUCAUUGAGUGAGUUUUCUUUGCUAAAGGCAUUUCCGGAAGCCUUAAAAAGACAUUGCCAUGUCGCACUCCUUCUGGACUUUGGCAGCUGACAUGAAAUGUGCAAGUUCAUAAGAGUCUUAUGACAAACUAAGCACUGAUCUUUUUCUGACUUUGUAUAUAUUGUAUGAAAUUAUAAAGGCUCAGAUACCUUUUUCCUAAGAAUACAAAAAUACUGACAAGUGGAAAGUUUUGUUUAUAUGGUUAGAUCAAGUACUUUGUCCUUGACAUCUUAGUUUUUAAUGGAACUUUUACAUACAUUUAUCUGUAAAGACAUAAAAACAGAGCUUUUCCAAAGUUCCCUACUUAGGUUUAAUGUAUCAUUUUUACAGGUAGUUAUUUGCAGAAUAAAGAAA